CUUGCAUUUGGUACAUUGGUAACGCUUGGUCUGGGAGUUUUUAUUGCAAAAAGAAGAGUAGAUGCUAAAAAACCCGAUUUUUUAACUGCUUCUCCUCCUAUUGUUUCUUCUGACGCAGAAGAAGAAGCAUUCAUUAAAGAAUUUCUAAAAGCCGCAGAAGAAGAAGACGUAAAGAAAAAACAUUAG